AUGCCAGAAUCCUUUGCAGACGCCAAAGAGCCCCUUGACGAGCACGCAGGUUUUCCAGGCCCAGUCACGGGGCUCGCAAUCAUGGUCUCAUCCCAUCCGUCUUCGGUUCAUGACGCUUUCCCAUCAGCGCAACUCCAGUCCGCCACACAAACCCCGAUUCCCAAAGCGAAAGCACAAGCGAAUAAAAGCAAGACAAGCAAGGACCGAGAAAGAUGCAAGAUGGUUGAGGCGAGAAGGGGAUAA